AUGGAGGUGGAGGAGGAGGUAAGACGCUCUCCACACAAUCGUGGGGAUCCGUGUGUUCCCGAGAGCUUCUUUGAUCGCGUAACGCAAGGGUUACGCAGCGAUCUCGAACAUGAGCGGGACAGGCGUCUUCAACUGGCGGACGCUGUCUUGAAGCAUCGAGCUGAGUUUGCCUUCGCUCAGCUUGAGAACGAGAGAUCUCUGACAUCUCUUCGUGACGAGCUAAGGGUAGCUCGUGGGAUUGUUGAUCGGUCUCGGGAUGAGAUAACUGCUCUUCAGACCCUUGUCGAUGCCCACCAUCGGGAGCACAAGGCUCUCUGCGAGAUGCUUGAGCGCAAGGGCGUUCUUCAUCGGAAGAAGCAGCGUACUGAUGGUACGGCUUAA